AUGUCUACCAUUCACCCUGCUGCCACUGUUACUAACAUCAAAGCCCUCAUCCCUGUCACUCUUGACAUCGAAUCUGGCCACUACACUACAUGGUCAGAAUUAUUCAAAAUACAAUGCAAGGCUUUUAAGGUUUAUGAUCACCUUCAACCUCCUGAUGUAUCUUCAUCGGAGAAAGACAAAGAAAAGGCCGCACCUGCUGAAUCUUGGGAACGCCUAGACUCCAUUGUCCUCCAGUGGAUCUAUGGCACGAUUUCCACCGACCUACUCCACACAAUCCUGAAGCCUAACACCACUGCCCAUAAAGCAUGGGCCGCCAUGGCUAAUCUUUUUCAGUAUAAUCGUGCCACGCGUACUAUUGAUCUCAAUAACAAGUUUGCUAAUACCAGACUCGAUCAAUUCCCUACUAUGUCGGCCUACUGUCAAGCCGUGAAGGUUAUUUUUUACCAACUCACCAACGUGGGGUCUCCUGUUCUGAUGAACAACUGGUUCUUCAACUCCUCACCGGUCUAA